AUGACAGAUCUAACCCAACAACAAUCUUCAUCAUCUAACAACAAUAACACAGCAACCUCACCAUCAAACUACUUUCAAAUUUCCUCUAAUUUUCGUCGAAGAUCUUCCGCGAGUAAUCUUUCACCUCGAAAUCAGCAAUCGAGUUUCGAAUUAUUUACUUCACCACAAAUACAACAACAACAACAAUUUAAUGUUCCAGCUAAUAGAAAUUCAAUGAGUUUAUUUCUCAUUCCACCACCUUCUCUUUCACAACUUUCGAAUAGUAAAUUUGCAGCUGCAACAACAACAACUUCACCCAUGUUUGAAAUGAUAAAUUCAUUUACGCUGACAACAGUAUUCUCACAAAUGAUAGUGUAUGGAAAUAGUCUAAUGAUCGAAGAAAGGCCAACUGUUUCGACUAUGGUUUCGUCCUUUGUUUCGAAUACAAAUUCAGAGCUCAAACUUCCAAUUUCAGUACUUGAAAUAUCCAACCUAUAUUCCAUCUUGUUAGUAGUCAUUAAAAACAUGCAAGAUUCCCAUAAGAAAAUAAUAGAACUCGUGGAAUGGCAAAAAUCAUUGAGACAACUUGGAGUUGUGCCAAUUUUAGUUUUACAAAAUACGAAACAAGAAUUAGACGAAUUUUUGGAAGGAAAUCAGUGGAAUGGAUAUUCUAUUGAUGUAAAUAACAUGAUGAGAGUUUCAGAUUUGAAUUUUGAAUUGACGAAACAAUUGUUUGAAAAUACGAAUAGUCCACUUUCGAAUGAGCAACAAAUUGAUAGAGAAAUAGUCGAAUCUAAAAUGUUUCUCAUUAGAAAUGGUUCAAUAGUUUGGGAAUCUUCAACAAAACCUGAAGAUCAAGUUAUUGGAACUAUUCUGUCGACUGUCGUUUUGAAACUUCCUUGGUACGCCAUGUCAACUGAUGAAAUUUCAUCAGACGAAAGUCAACACGCCCUUCAACCACUUUCUACAGUCAAUAAUUCAUUGAAUAAUUUGAAUCAAUCCUACAAAUCAUCAUGUUCACUUUCGUCUGGAGGUUUACGAAACUCUAUUCGAUUUGAAAAUGGAGCUACAUCACCUUCCAACUCUUCCACAAGUGUAGGUGGCAUUUCUGCCUCCAUUCGAAUAGGAUCUCUCGUCAAUGACCAUAACAGUUUCAUAGUUCCUGCUGGAUUAUCUCUCCAUGGUGCUAUGAGUGUUCUCCAUACCAUUUCGAAUAACAAUUUUGGAAAUUCAGAGGAUGAAGUUUCUUGUGAGGAUGAUUUCCAAUUUCCAGAAAAUCAAAAUCACCUCCAAAUGGUUCAACUCCCUUCAGAUAAUAAUUUUGAAUUCACUCAAGCAAAAUCAAAUAGUCAACCAACACCAGUUGACCAAAAUAAUAAGGAAUUAAUACUAAUUACAGAUGAAAAUGAAAUUAGCUUCACUCCAAAAGCAACUCCAACUCCAUCCAGUCAAUUACUCUUUCACAAAGAACAAUCCUUCACCUCCACCAAUACCAAUAAUACCACCACGAGUAGUGACAAGAUGACAGCAUCAACACAUCACACCAUUGGUACUCCUCUAUUAGGAGCAGAUUCAAGAUACUGUUCCAGCAUUGCCUCCAUGAACUCGACACUCAUUGAAACAUCUGCCUCUUCCCUCGAUUUAACAACCUUAAUGAUGCCACCAAGUCCAAACUCAAUUUCCACAACAACUUCUGCAUCUCCUGCAUCUGCUGAAACUCUUAUUCAAAAUAGAAAACUAUCAAUCUUUCAGAAAUUGAGAGGAAGAAAUGAUAUUGAAAAGAUUGCAAGUGAACAACAGAAAUUGGAGAAGGAAAUGCAAAUUGUCAAGAAGAAGGAGAUUGUGUCGAGAUCUCAGAAUAAUUUGUAUGCAGAACAGUCGAUUGCAACAAGAGAGAAUGUGACGAGUGGGAGAAGAUCGAUUUUUUCAUAUUGUUUUGGAUCGAAAUCUAGUCAACCAGCAACGACAAGUGAGAAAACACUUGUCAUGUAUGAUCCAGUUGAGAGUCAUUUAUCUGAAAUGUAUCAAGUGAUGCAUGAUGACAUGAAACGUCAAUAUUUCAAAUUAUUUAGUUUGAAACAGUUCAAUGCUGAAAAUUUACUUUUUUGGGAAGAUGUCAAAUUAUUUUACAAGAAAAUUGUGGUUGAACUGAAACGACAACAUGUUACCAAACAACGAUUUUCACUCAAAUCUUCUCAGAUUGAUGUCAGUCAAACUCCAAUUCUUUCAAAUGUCAACAUUUCAAAAGAGUCAAUUAUAGAACUACAUGACAAGAUUAUGAAAAUGGCAAAAUACAUUGCCGAGAAGUAUUUAUAUGAAAAAGAUAGUGUCUACUGUCUAAAUACAAGUAACAAAAUGAUUGAACAAGUCAGUAGUCGAAUGACACUUGAAGGUUUGGAAUUUAUUAACAUUAGUGAAAAUAUUUUUGAUGAUGUGGUUAUGGAAAUUAUCAAAACUGUACUGCCAGAUAUGUUUUGUCGAUUUGUACUUUCGAAUGAGUAUGAAGAAAUGCAAAGAGUUUUACAAGUUUCUAACAAUCUAUUCUAAGAUCAACUUUUGAAUGGCGAAUUAUACCCAAUUACAAUGAUUUUGAGGAAUGAAUUAAACAGAUUCAAACAACAUUAUCAUUGUAAAAUGUUUAAGGAUGACCACUUUAGUUUACUUUCGAAUAAAUUUGUUGAUUGCCUUUC